AUGUCUCCCUCAAGCAUGGCAAGCAAAGCAACGCCGCAAGGUGCGGUCUCCUCAAAGCUAUUGAUUGGGCUUCCUGAAGGAACACCGCGAAUCAAAUAUACCACUAUGAAAAGUCUAAAGAGUGUUGUUGAUAACCAGGCAAGGAAGAGUUAUGAGGAUCAUUCCCAGAGCCCGUUCCUAGUUGUAGAAUCUGUGCCUUCUACCUUCUUAAAAACCUUUGAUAAAUUAUAUUUAGACCACGGCCCUCAUCUCACCGCAAACCCCAGCGAGAGGAUAGUUAUACUUGAAACUAUGGUUUACCUAGCCCACGGAAUCCUAACCGAAAACAUUUUGAAAGCUAUCCGAGAUAAACUCGAAAGCAUGAGCAUCCGGGACGAAGUUACGACUACCACUGCUUUCCGCGUUACCACUAGGAAGUUCGUUAAAGAAUGCGACGGUGGCGUUGUGCGACUACAUCAACAUCCGAAUGACAUGCAAUGGCCCACCCUUGCCGUAGAAGUAGGGCUGUCGGAAUCAAAAAAUAAGCUUGCCAUCGAUGCCCAAGGGUGGCUUGAGGCCGAAGGGUCUCGGACAUGUGUCGUUAUAACAGCCAAACUUGAACGGGACACUCCCAGGAUAACCUUCGGCCGCUGGGAACUUGACUUCCCACCAUUUCGCCCUAUAACUCGCAAUUAUCAGCCAAUCGGCUCAAUCAAGCAGGAGGUCAUUGCAACCCACGAAGGAGGAGUUACGAGGGUAUCAGGAGACAUGACUAUUCCCUUUGAAAAGAUAUGUGGUCGUCCACGCCAGGGACCAAUGGAGGCAGAUAUUAUUAUUGGCCGAGCUGCGUUUAAAGAGAUCUCUGAACGCUCAUGGGAUAUCCAGGGAUUUAUGUGA